GUGAGCGCGCUGAAGUUUGGAGUGAUUCGUGGAAGUUUCAGAUUUGGAGGAAAAAAAGAUCAUCUGAAAAUCUGAAAAGUGUAAAAUGGCUUUUCGGAGGAGAAAUAAAAGCUAUCCUUUCUUCAGCCAAGAGUUUCUCAUUCAGAAUCAUGCGGACAUUGUCUUCAGUCUGGUGAUUUUUAUUUUGAUCGGACUGAUGUUUGAGACAACCGCAAAAACAGCCAUAUUAUUCAUUCAGCCGCAGUUCAACAUCAGCACUGUGACUGCAGACGGAGAGGUGACUCUGUAUCAUUACGGAUGGAAAGACUGUGCCACUGUUCUCUUCUAUCUCUUUAUCACCAUCAUUCUUCACGCUGUGGUGCAGGAGUAUGUUUUAGACAAAAUAAACAGACGUCUCCACUUGUCGAAGAGUAAAAACACAAAGUUUAAUGAAUCUGGGCAGCUGUGUGUGUUUUACCUGGUCUCUAGUUUAUGGAGUCUGUACGUCCUCACUACUGAGGGAUACCUUCUGCGUCCCAGCAGCCUUUGGGAGAAUUACCCCCAUGUACACCUGAGGUUUCAGGUGAAGUUCUUCUACAUCACGCAGUUGGCGUACUGGUUUCACGCACUGCCUGAACUUUACUUCCAGAAAGCGAGAAAGGAAGAAAUGCCCCGUCAGCUGCAGUAUAUCGGUCUGUAUCUCUUACACAUUCUGGCUGCGUAUUUGUUAAAUUUGACUCGAGUCGGGCUGGUUUUGUUGUUUCUGCAGUAUGUCUCUGAACUGGUUUUCCAUCUGUCUCGACUCUACUACUUCAUUGAUGAAAACCACCACAAAUUGUUUCAGAUGUGGUCCGUCGGGUUUGUCCUGACCCGUAUGAUCACGCUAACUCUGAUGUUUCUGGCUGUCGGCUUCGGUUUGGCUCGUUCUGAAAACCAGACGCUGGAUUUGGAGACGGGAAACUUUAACACUCUCUCUGUCAGGCUGCUGGUGUUAUUCGUGGUGUGUUUCACCCAGUCGUGGUUACUCUGGAAGUUCUUCCGCUUCCAGCUGAGCAGAACUCGGGAGCUGAGGCUGGAGCAGGCGGCGCGGAAGAGAGCGGUCGCUAAGCAACAGAUGCAGCGCACGCUGAAGCGAGACUCCUUCGGUCAGCAUGAGAACGGAAUCAUUAAAGCAGAGAACGGGACAUCCCCCCGUCUGAAGAAAAUCAAGGCUCCUUAAACUUCCUUUAGCGCCCCCCGAUCCAACGGUUGGCUUCACCAUAUUGAGGGAGCAGGAUACGGUUCAUCUGCCUGCUGCUUCCUGUUACGACGCCAAGAGAAGCGCAUGUGGUGUUUCUCGGAGGAAGUGACAUCACAACACAAAGGCACCCUCAACAGACUUUUCUCCAUGCUCUGUACUUCGCUUUCAGUAUUCGUGCUCUUCCCUUUGCGUUAUGUUUCUAAACUUCACUCAGUCUGUCUUUAUUAAAGUGAUGUUUUCAGGUUAGUCUUUUGUUUUGUUUUUGUAUGCAAAACGGUGACUGCUGGCCUAGAAUGGACACUCGUUCAAAUCAGAGGUGUUACUGUGUGACUUCAUUGAUGGGUUUGACAUGAACAAAAGACUUCCAGGUGUUUCACACAGUCCAGUAGAACUGGCCCGAGACGAGCAGAACCCGUGUUACAGUUCAGUUUCAGGUAGAAACAGAUACUGUAUUAGUGAAAAAAACCUGAAUCACAGACCAACUGUUUCUCCCGUGACUGUGUUUAUUCCUCAUGAGCUACAACAUUCUGUUUAUAGAGUUUCUGCUUUGUAAGUUUGAUAUUUGAUUGUAUAUGACGAUGCUUUAUAAAUAUA